AUGUCAAUCUUCUCCAAGCUCAGCAGUGCCAAGAAGGCCGCCGAGAAGCACAAGAGCGCUCAGCAAGCUCAUGAGAAGGCUGAGACCACGGCACCCGCUCCUUACAAGCAUAUUAUUACUCAUGCUGCAGUUGAUGCACUUUCGGGUGCUCCUUCGAGCUGGAAGAAUGAGGACCGUCAGUUGAUUCGUGAGCAUCACCGCCGACGCAGUGCCAUGAUUCGCAACAACAGCGGCCUCUCCUCGGUUUCAACCCUGCCGCGCACUAGCAGUUACCACGGCUCUGCUUGGAAUUACAGACCCAGUGACUCUACCAAGCUUCUCAAGGUGCCUUCGGAGCAAGGCAUGGCUCGUAGUCCUGUCACUAGCACUGAUAUUUCUCCCAUUGCUAGCUCAAGCCAGUCCACCACUUCUGAUUCAUCUUCGAGCCUUGAAAUACAGGGCGAGGUCCAUUUUCCGGAGCAAAAUGUGCUCAAUCAGCUUCACAAAAGCACUUACCGUAAGGUCGGUGAGGCCCCGCUCUACGAUGCUCCUCCUCCGCGCCCCAAGGCUCAGACGAAUGUGAGCGUUACGCCAAUCGAGAAUAAGAAGCGAUGGCGAUUCAGCAAAUCGGGCCCAGCACCCGUUGCAGCGGCAUCUUAG